AUGAAUAGCUUGGACCAGAGCAUGUUUGAGAAUGCCAGCGCCAGCACGGCACCCACGCCACGGGCACAGCACAUCUCUGCCACGGUGGGCACCCUGCCCCAGCCCUGCCGGCCCGUUGGCAGCCAGCACCUCCGCAACCUGGGCAAGGCCAUGGGCGCCAAGGUGAAUGACCUCCUGCGCCGCAGGGAGCCGGCCGGCCUGCCCGCCGUGGGAGCCAUGGAGGUGAACGCCAGUGCGGGCGCUGUGCUGGGCACAGGACAGCCAGCUACUGAGGACGGGUGACUGUCCCUCUGUGCUUGCAGGGCUGUGGGGCUGGAUGCCUUUCCCCGGCUGGAACCACCGCCCCCCAUCACCAAGAAGCGGACACCGCGUGCCCUAAAGACCCCCCAGGACAUGCUCAUUGCUCCACAGCCAGAGGGGACCAGCACGAGGAGUGACACUGAUGAGCCUUCCAAACCACCUACAGCUCACCCUGAGCCCAUAGAGGAGCAGCUGGGGAUGGGGGACCCAUCUCCUCCAGAUUGCCCUGGUGUACUCAGUGUGAUGGGUGCCCCAGAGCCCAGCGGGGACCAGCCUACCAGUGUCUUACCUGUGCCUGACCUCAUCCAUAAGGGCAGCCAGGAGAGCCAGUGGCAAGUGGAUGAGAGGGCCACUGAGAUGUCACCCAGCACAGAGAAGCCCUCACGGAGACUGGGGCUGGAGCACGAGCCACCAGGGAGCACAGGGCGGCCAGAGCCAUGUACCCUUGGCUGGGAGGUGGAGGGGGCCCAUCCCGACUUACUGUCCUUUGAGUAGUAGUGGGUAGCUGUGACAGGGGUGCCUUGGGGGCUGGCUCUCCCAGACUUGUC